CUCACAACAACAACAACCUAAUCAAACCCAUACCGAAAAAUAAAAAAAAAAAAAAAUGAAGGCCGCGCUCUUCGUCCUCCUCCUCGCCGCCGUGCUCCUCAUCAGCCUGGGCCCGACUCCUUCGACUGCCCUCGCCGCGCCCGCGUCCGCAAAGCCACGCCCGACUGCGCUUCCCCAUGAGCCGGCGAACAACGACGGCGGCGACGACGACGACAACAAGACGAGCGUUGGAGCUGCCGCCGCCGCGCCCGCGACCUCCACUACGACUGGCACCACCGUAGUCAGCACCGCCGCGCCCAAGACCUCUGCGCAAGCCUCAGCGCAGACCUCAGCGCAGUCCUCCGCACAAUCCUCCACCAAAUCCUCAGCGCAGUCAUCCGCCCAGACCUCAGCGCAGACCUCCGCGCCCGCAUCCACAACGACAGCGUCAGCCACAACCUCUUCCUCGGCCUCGGCCUCGUCCUCGUCCAAGGGCGCAAAGGCUUCCAAGACGUCCACCACUUCCGGCAGCUCGAAGGCCAGCAGCUCGGCGGCAGCGAGCAGCACGGGGUCUGCGGGCGCGGCCGGGGCCGUCGCAACGCCGUUUGUGAGGGUGGGGGAGAUGGCGGCGGGCGUGGUUGCUGUUGCGUGGGUGCUUGCUUAGGUGGGAAGGGGUAGUGUAUGAGAUUUGGAUGUACGAAAUGGUUAUGUUUUUAUGUACGCGAUUGGUGUAAUGAUAUACUCUUAUUUAGAUGUUUGAAGGAUUUGUUGGUGCCGUGCAUGCGUGAUUAGAAGGUGUGAAACUGAAAGGAUGGGGAGAAAUGGAAUGAAAGCUGUGGUACUUUCCAUAAACGUUUAUUUCCCAUGCGUC